AUGUGUGAUAAGGACGAUAAUACGAAAUGGCCGGCCACAAUUGAGGAUUUUUAUGUAGAACUGAUAUACGAAGAGUCAAAGACUGGGAUUCAAACAUCCACUCUGGACAGAAAAACGUGGAUGAAAAUUGCUAAUGAAAUAGCAAUUAAGUUUGGUAAGCAUUUCACAGCAGACCAGCUUAAAGCAAAGUGGAAUAGGCUUAGACGUAGCACGAGGGAGUUUAAGGCAUUAAUUGAAACAACAGGAUUUGGUUGGGAUUCUGAGACUAACACUGUCACAGCUGAAAAAGAAGUAUGGGAUUCAUAUGUGGCGAAACAUCCUGAGGCUAAGAAAUUCAAGAAAGGGGGUUUACAGCACUUUGUACAACUUUCCCAGAUUUUUUUUGGGACUAUUGCUACUGGACAGGGGUCAAUGAAUGCACAUACCGCCGUCAAUGUUUUGAAUGCGGCGAAAAGGGCGGCCACAAUACCGGAAGAGGUGGAGGAGGGUACAGGAGACUCGGAUGAAGUCCGGAGUGCAGAAGACAAUAGAAACAGACGGUCUCAGGGUCCUACUACUCGAUCCAAGAAGAAGGGCAAGAACAUCAGUGCAGUUGACACGGCCAUAGAGGUUUUGGCAAAGAGUGCUACCCUACGCAGUGAGACAUCUGUUCAAAAGGUUGAUUUGUUUCAGCAAUUUUUAGCUGAUAGGCAAGCCCGUACUAUUGCAUUAGUUGAGGCUCAGAAAGAGGAUCCAACUACAACUAUUGAAGCCUGUAUGGAUUUGUUGAAUGGGUAUGAGCCGUAUUUAGAGGACAAUGCGUAUAAUAAGGCAGCGCACCAGUUGGCUCUUGACAUUUCCCUUAGGAGGAUGUUUGUGAAAAUGCCCGCUCAUCGGCAUCUUUCAUGGAUUCGAAGCCUAGUGGAAUGA